GGAGGAGAGGAGGGGGAGGUGUAAAAAGAGUAAGAUACAAGCAACACAGGCAGAUAGCGAGGUAUACACUGGGAGAAGAGAGGCUUCGGUGUAAAGAGUAUGAGCAUCUUAACAGAGCAGGUCUGCUGGGAGUCUCGCUCCUAAUCUGAGAGGAAGCUUUGGAUACUGUCCACCCGUCAUCAGCCUGAAUUUCAAAAUGUCUGACUUUGAGGAUUUCAGCAAGCCAGGAGGGCAGGCAAAUGUAUCUGAAAGCUACCAGCUGAACCCCACCAGUGUGAUUGUGUCAGUGGUCUUCUCCCUCAUCUUCCUGCUGGGCACCAUCGGCAACAGCCUGGUGCUCGCUGUGCUUCUGCGGAGCGGGCAGUUGGGAUACAACACAACCAAUCUGUUCAUACUCAACCUGAGCAUGGCCGACUUCUUCUUCAUCAUCUUCUGCGUUCCUUUCCAAGCCACCAUCUACUCUCUGGAGGGCUGGGUUUUUGGUUCCUUUAUGUGCAAAGUGGUCCACUUCUUCAUCAACCUCACCAUGUAUGCCAGCAGCUUCACACUCGCUGCUGUCUCUGUUGACAGGUAUCUGGCCAUUCGUUACCCACUGCGCUCCAGAGAGCUACGGACCCCGUGUAACGCGGUGGUUGCCAUGGUGAUAAUCUGGGGUCUCUCUCUGGUUUUUGCGGGUCCUUAUCUCAGCUACUACGACCUUAUCGAUUACGCCAACAGUACUGUGUGCAUCCCUGGCUGGGAGGAGCAGAACAGGAAGGUGCUGGACACGUGCACCUUCCUGGUCGGCUACGUCAUCCCCGUGCUGAUUGUAAGUCUCUCGUACACUCGCACCAUCAAGUAUCUGUGGACGGCUGUCGACCCUCUGGACGGCAUGUCAGAAUCCAAGAGGGCCAAACGCAAAGUCACCAAAAUGAUCAUUAUUGUCACCGUGCUCUUCUGCAUCUGCUGGCUGCCGUACCAUGUGGUGAUCUUGUGCUACCUGUACGGAGACUUUCCUUUCAAUCAGACCACCUAUGCCUUCAGGCUUCUCUCUCACUGCAUGGCCUACGCCAACUCUUGUGUCAACCCCAUCGUGUACGCUCUGGUGUCCAAGCACUUUCGGAAAGGCUUCAAGAAAGUGUUCAGCUGCAUCCUCAGUAAAAAUGGGAGAAAUAAGGUCCAUGUAGUUCAUGUAGCCAACACUGUGCCCGGGUUUGAAGCAGGCUCCACUGAGGUGUCGCAGAUGAACGAGGAGAACAUACGACAGAAUGAGUGUGAAAUGAUAAACAGGCGGAUUGCAGAGCCAAGAGAAGCCACAGUGACACUGAAUUUGCCAUUUCAGCGGCAGACUUGACAAGUGAUUCAGCUUUGCUGACAGGCUCAGUACAGAUUGCCUUAUGCGAAAGACAUUGCAGCUACUAGAAAUGUGUUAACUUCUCAUCAUGACAUUCAUAGUUUUGGUGGCAAACAGGAGAUGAGAUCAAAUGAAACAUGAAGCAUUCAUUUGCAAAAACAGAUAUCUCCGUUUUUCGUUAUUUUACUAAAUCAUGUUAUUUUGUCUUCAAUCCAGGGAAUACCAUUCAAAAUUGGUGUCAGGUUGUUUUGAUAACAUAUCUCAAUUUUUUCAUAAAUCACCUUUUUUUAUUGUGCACUCAAACGAAUAUCAAUACUAGUGUUGGUUCAUUAAUUUUUUAGAAUGGCUUUUAUCCGUUUUUAACAAAUGAACUCUUCAUAGUUACGCAGAUAAAUAGUGUUAAUGUGUAUACGGUGAGUCCACGGUGAGUCCACAACCAAAAAUGUGUUUGUUUCAUCAUUUUUGUCAAGUACUUACUCCCAUAAUGCUCCAUUAACAGAACAGAACAGAACACAGUCAGAAAGGUUUGUUAGUUGUGCUAAAAGUGAAAAAUUCUCAGUAUUUCCUGUAUCCACCAUUUGCCUUAACCAUGGCCUGCACUUUGGUGUUUAUUUCUAGUUUCAUAAGCAUUUGAGAAUCUACAUUAUUCCAGCACUUUUUAAGAGCAGCACAGAAUGUUUUGGGGGGGGGGGCUAUUUCCAACACAAUGUUUGACUGUAGCUCAUAUGUUCUUAUGUGGUCUUUUCCUCACAUAAACUCAGCUGUAAAUGUAAUCUUCACAGUCAGGUUUUGACUAGUUUUGAAAGUGUUAAGCUGCAUCUCAUAACCCUUAAAUUGCCUCCUCAACUCCUCCACUUGCCUCCUUUCCUUUCAUUGCGUCUUAGUCCCUCCCACGGAAGAAGCA